GUGAUUGGGUGCUGGGCAAGGCCCGCUUUAGAGUCCCAGGCUGCGGGGCGGGCGGGGGUUGUGCUGGGGCUCCAGGCGGAGGCCGCGAGCGGAGGAUGUGAGUUCACAGCCGGGAUUGCUGGCGGGCAGGCGGCCACAGCCCAGGGCGGCACAGGGUCGACUUGCAACCCAGCUGAGAGGAGAAGCGCCGCCCGGGGACGGGAUUGGGCAGUCUGCUGGUGAGGGUUCAUCUCAUCCAUACUCCAUCCUUGGGGCAAAUGAGAGUCUGCUGGACAAGCCACCAAGGAAAUUCGUGUUGAGAGUAUGAGGCUCUGGCCUCCACUGACCACUCGCUCGUGAUCCUUCCACCACGGCGGAGCCUUCCAAGCCGACCUCCUGCCGUGUGGUGAUCUACCUGCAGCGGGAGAUGUCAGGGGAUACCUGUCUGUGCCCAGCCUCGGGGGCCAAGCCCAAGCCGAGCAGCUUCAAGGGAGGAGGCCUGGGCAACAAAUACGUCCAGCUCAAUGUGGGGGGCUCCCUGUACUACACCACUGUGCGGGCACUAACCCGGCACGACACCAUGCUCAAGGCCAUGUUCAGCGGGCGCAUGGAGGUGCUGACUGACAAAGAAGGCUGGAUCCUCAUAGACCGAUGUGGAAAGCACUUCGGCACCAUUUUGAAUUACCUCCGCGAUGACACCAUCAUCCUCCCACAGAACCGGCAAGAAAUCAAGGAACUGAUGGCCGAGGCCAAGUAUUACCUCAUUCAGGGGCUGGUGAGCGUGUGCCAGACUGCUCUGCAGGACAAGAAGGACUCCUACCAGCCUGUGUGCAACAUCCCCAUCAUCACCUCCCUGAAAGAGGAAGAGAGGCUCAUCGAAUCCUCCACCAAGCCCGUGGUGAAGCUGCUGUACAACAGAAGUAAUAACAAGUAUUCGUACACCAGCAACUCGGACGACCACCUGCUGAAAAACAUCGAGCUGUUCGACAAGCUCUCCCUGCGCUUCAACGGCCGCGUGCUCUUCAUCAAGGACGUCAUUGGCGAUGAGAUCUGCUGCUGGUCCUUCUACGGCCAGGGCCGCAAGCUGGCCGAGGUCUGCUGCACCUCCAUCGUGUAUGCCACGGAGAAGAAGCAGACCAAGGUGGAAUUCCCAGAGGCCCGCAUCUAUGAGGAGACCCUGAAUGUCCUGCUCUAUGAGACUCCCCGAGUCCCUGACAACUCCUUAUUGGAGGCCACCAGCCGGAGCCGCAGCCAGGCUUCCCCCAGUGAAGAUGAAGAGACCUUCGAACUGCGGGACCGGGUCCGCCGUAUCCAUGUCAAACGCUAUAGCACUUACGAUGACCGGCAGCUCGGCCACCAGUCCACCCAUCGCGACUGACAGGACCCUCAGGGAGUCAGGGCACGGGCCACCCUGUCUCCCCUCCUGUGGAACCCUGCCCCGCUGGCCGCCCCACGCUGCUACUGGCUGGGUUUCUGCUCCAGCGCCCAGAGGCCUGACAGGAAGGCAGAGGGCCUGAGCAGGAGAGGGACCACAUUGUUUGCCCUGCUCCCUGAGCACUUCCGGAUGCCCGGGUCCUGGACCCUUUGCUCACCCUUCCUGACAGGAGCUGCGUCUGCCCCUGGGGCGAAUGGACUGACCUGCCCACCUCCCACGAGAACAAUCCCCUUGCCCCCUUGCUGAGUGUCCUUUUGCUCCACUGAAGGGCUACCUUUAGGCCUCUGGGGAGGUCCAUGGGGAACGAGCUCGUUCUGGUGCUGUGGAGGCCCAGUUUCUUACAGAAGGUGGGGCUCCUUUUUCCCUAGGUGUUUAAGCACAGGCCUCAUGAUUUUGGUUUUUAAAAAAUUAUCUAGGAAAUGAAUAGUUUUGAGUCUAAUAAUGAGGGGAAUAGGUAUUUGUGCUACCCCUCUAGGGUGCCAAGACCCUGGGUAGAGGGCAGAACCUUUGGCCUUCCUUGAUGCCUUUGACAUCUGUUUCUUUAAAGCACUUUGUACUUUUAUUCAGGAGAUUUGUAUUCUGCCCUGACACGCAUCAACUUUUUCUGACCCUAACCCCUCUUCCCUCCAGAAUCCGUCUGAGAGAGGGGCUAGAGAAGCAAUAAAACAAAAUACGGACUAACUUUGGCUUUGCUGGGCUGGCCAAACAGCCAGCCCAGAGAGCAUGGACAGGAAGGAAGGGAACUGUAGUCCUAAUAAUGCCCAUGAGAAAGGACAUUUUCAGGUCACGUAAUGGAGUCCUGGGGCCUAACAUGAUUGCUCUUUUUGAUUCUCUUGCCCUCAGCUCCAAGGUAUGCUUUGCUUUACUUUCUGGAAAGCCAAAGGGCCGUUACAGGGGCCAGGAGCAUGAGCCGCAGCGGGAAAGCUGUGGGGCCCAUGGGCACCGCACUCAAGACGCCCACCAGCUGAGGACAGUAAAUGUGUGCUCUGCGUUCCCAGCAGCCCUGUGCAGAGGUGGCAUGUGCUUGGCCAUAUGGCCCCUGCCCGCCCCAUACUGUUGGUUUUGUGUCCCGGCUGGGGUGGGGGGAGGUGGUGGUGUUCUGCCCAGCGUUGAGUCUGGACGCAGGGUGAUGGGAGCAGCCUAAGUCCCUUCAAAGGCUGGGUGAUGUGGCCAUGGAGCUGCCAAGGCCCAGCUCUUGGGCAAGGAUGCAAGUUACUCCUUGGGGCUUUUUUUCACUACCUUCUGUUUGGCGUGGCCCUUUGGGAGGCUGCUUAUCCGAAUUCUUUUCCAAAGGAAUGCCAUCAGGCUGGGAGCUGCUCAGCCAGCCUAAGAAAACCCCACAGCCACUGAGCGGUAGCCACUCGGGAAGGAGUGCCAGUUAUCAGGCUCCUGGCUCCUGACAACUGUCGCUUAGCUAAGUGGCCUGCUUAUGGCCGACGCAAUGGAGCCUAUGGGCAAAUGCUAGGCCCGGGUUCGUAGACGCCUACAAGGACCUGAAAUGACAUGAUGGGGCAGGGGAAGUGUGACUAACCAGGCAUUUGACGCUUGUCACAGCCUUGCAAAUGUAGACUUCCAGGUGAGGCACCCUGGUCAUCAGCUCGGAACACUUCACCCAGCCCUCCCUGGAGUAGAGGUGAAGACAAAUCCAUUUCUUUGGCCAGAUUCCGCCUUUGGCUUUGUGGCUUUCCCACAGAGACUGGAAUGCUUCUUCUGCCUGAGGCCUCUGGCCUAUUUCCUCCGCUGCCCUCCUGAGGCCUCUAAUACUCAAAGCCCCAGCUUCCCACUGAGGUAUUUUAAUGCCUGUCCUUUGACCUCCCCAGCCCUGCAGCCUCUUUGCUCUCUGACAUUUAGAUCAACUCUCUCGGUGGUGACUAUUCUUUUUUCCUGAGAAAGCACAGUAAUCCUGGACUGAUCAAAAAUAUCUCCCUGGUCUUAAGAAAAAUACUAACAUUGAAAUCACUGAAGUCAGCUUCUUUAAUCGAACUUUGUGGCAUAAGGGUUGGGGGAAUUUUUUUUGCGUUUCUCAGCCCCAUUCAGAAAGCAGCUCUUGGCUGUGUGAAUUUUUCAACUCGGAGCAGCCCAAGGGAAAGCAAAGAGUGUGGAUGAAGGUCAAACCUUCUCGGUUUCUGAGAAAACUGGAAGCCUGCUGUUCACCACAGGUACCAGGACUGGGUUUUAUUCCAUUUCUUAUCUGACCAAUGUCUGCCUAAAGGAUGGCCCAGGUCCUGCCACGAGAGAAGGUCUCCUUUGUCCCUUAACUGCAAUCCCUUGUUGCUCAGCAUGGGUGAUGGAAACCGACACUAAUUUCUAAUAAAAUUGUGUUACACCGCA